GGAAGUGAACCACACUGUGACAUGUGUGACAUUGGCUCUCUAAGGGGAGCCCUUAACUCUGCAGUUCCAGUUCCAAAACUGCAAUAUAUUAUGAUCACGGCAAAUAAUUGAUAUAAAUUGCUGUUGUUAAGCAUUUCAAUUUCACAAAUUUGCAGGAUUUUUUUUAUUUAUUUCUCACUUGGGACAAUCAACAGCUGUUAAUGAAACACUUUCUGAGGCUGCAUAUAAUACCACAGCAUACUGCCCCAGUUUCAAAAGAACACCAACCUGGUGGGACUUGCUGCAACAUACAUAAUGCAUUCUCUCUCAGAGCAAAGUUAGCUAAUUAACAGAAUUACAUGUUUGGCUAAUUAGCAGCAUGCCUUUUUGAUCCUCAGAGGACAGAAAGCGCUGAAAGUCGGAUAAAAGGAUUCAAAGUCCUAGCAGGAGAACCUAUGGUUUAUGAUAACAACCUGGGCCACUUUAGAAUUUGAAUUUGUUAGUCAGCCUGUAUCUCUGUGGGAACUUUAAUGCAAUCCAGCUCAGUGCCAUCAGCAGACUAUCAAAGCCAUCCAUCACGCAGUUUUUCAGGCAUUUUUAAAUGUCGGUAAUCUUCCUGGGGAUGUAAGACUUAGUGAGGGGUCAGUGGGGGUCCCAGGCUUUGUUUGACUAAAUAAACUCCUUCAUUUAUUACAUAUUUGUAUCAGUUUGUAACCGAGUGAAAUCACCUACAAGCAGGGUUUAGCUAUAUCAAAUGUGUUGAAGCACUUGUAUUAGUGUUGCUUUUGGGUUUUAUUAUUUUAUUUUGAAGGGACUGCCAGCAGUGGUACAUUUUCACCCAAUCUACAGCUUUAAACUAAGAGUUAAGCUUCAUAUCAAACAUCCUCCAACUCUUGCCUUGCUAAGAAUAUUCCCCAAAAGGUCCAACUACUACUACUACUGGCCUUACAAACAGUUAAAGUUUAUUCUCAGAUCUGCUUCAUUAAUCGUAUACCACACGUGUGCUGAGAGUACUUUUAUGAGUCACUGAUUCUGUGCCCCGAUCACUGACCCUGCAUCGAUCCAGGCGGACUAAAAGAUAAUUUGGCACUGUAUUGUGAUUCCCUUCCUCUCAGCUGUGGGUCACGCCGACACAGGUCACUGCAGCCUCGGCGCGCCGGUCCUCUCACUGCUGUUUGGAUUGCAGUGGCCGAAUGAUAGCGAUCCUCCUGGCAAAGAACAGGUCAAAAAAGGGGGUAGAAAUGUCACCAAACUCUGAGUAUCUACCUCAUUAACAGGGGAAGAGGAGCGGAAUAGAGAGGGGGAGAAGAAAAAAACAAAAGAGAGAGAUGUAAGUAAUUCCUCCAACCUGACGGUCCACACAGGGAAUUUGGGAACACAUGAUCAAACCGAGCCUGGGUGGAUCCACUCGCUCCAUCUAUCUGGGUCUGGCGUGUCUAUCCCUCUCUCUCCACCUCCUUCUGGCGUUCUUUUGCCUCUCUGUCCUCCAGACAGCCUGUGUCCUUCCCACCUCCUCCCCCGCCUCCACUCCAACUAGAACAAAUAGUCAGCACAGUCAGUCCAUCUCCCACUCCUCCUCCUCCUCCCCUUCUUCUGCUGCAUCCUCCUCACGCAAACUGCCAACGAUCCCCCGCAGUGAAGAGCAUCACCCGCUGAGUGCCAACACCUCCAGCGAUGCCACUGGGACGCGAAAGAAACGGAUCGGAGCCGGGAAGGGCCAAAGGGUCAAGAGCCUCUCCAAGCUGGAGGAGCUGUUCAAGCACCCGCUGUACAACCUGCCGCGCCCGCAGCUGCAGGACGAUGAUUGGCUACUGAGGCUGAAGACAAAUGAACACGGGAGUGAUGGAGAAAGUGAGGAAGAGGAGAGGGAAGACGCCGUCUUGGACGAGAGUCAGUGGCACAGCGCCAGCGGGCAGGAAGGCUACGACAAAGCCGCUUGGACGAGCAAGGCGGAGACCCAUCCUCCCUGGCUACGGUUCCACCUGGGCAUCUCCCGCUGGGAGCUGUACGACAGGAAGGAUCCCAUUGUGGCCCAGCUGACUCACUAUUUGGCAACGCAACGUGUCCUCGGCGCUGUGCAGAAGACGGGGGGCACACAGCUCAAACUGCUCAUGUCGUUCCCAAACCACGGACAAGCCCUGCUGAAACCCAUGAAACAAUCCAGAGACGCGGAGACGGACGUGAACCUCUUCUACUUCUCCGACUUUGAAAGACACAAUGCAGAGAUCGCCGCCUUUCACCUCGACAGAUUAUUGGGCUUCAACAGGAUCCCUCCAGUGGUUGGCCGACUCAUCAAUGUCACUUCCGAGGUCAGAGAGAUUACAUCUGACAAAAAGCUGGCUAGAACCUUCUUCACUUCCCCUGCGGGGAACGUGUGUUUUUACGGCGUGUGUGAGUACUACUGCUCGUCAGAGCACCCGGUGUGCGGCCGUCCGCAUGAGCUGGAGGUCUCCCUGGCUGCCAUGCUGCCCGACCUCAGCCUGGCUCCCCGCAGGUCCUGGAGGUCACCAUGGAGACGCUCCUACAGUCGCAACAAGCUAGCACAGUGGCAGAAGGACCCGGCCUACUGCGACACAGUGAAACAGAAGCCUCCUUACAGCGAGGGCACCCGCCUGGUGGAUCUCAUAGACAUGGCUGUGCUGGACUUCCUCAUGAGCAACAUGGACCGACAUCACUAUGAGACGUUUGAGAAAUUUGGCAAUGAGACUUUUCUGCUGCACCUGGAUAACGGACGGGCAUUUGGGCGUCACUCUCAGGACGAGCCGUCCAUUCUUGUUCCUUUGCAACAGUGUUGCAGGAUUCGUCGCACCACCCUGCUACGCCUGCGCAUCUUGUCCCUCCCGGCCUUCCGUCUGAGUGACGUCAUGCGGGAGUCGCUGCUCAGUGACCCCCUGGCCGCCGUGGCCCCCGUCCUCUCCGAACCCCACCUGUCUGCUUUGGACCGACGCCUCGCAGCCGUCCUGCAGGUGGUGGAGGCCUGCGAGCAACACCACGAUGACGUCAUUUACGACGACUGGGAAGGAUGAGAUGGGGGGGGGCAAGGAGGGGUUACACAAUAAAGGAUCAUUCUGUACUCAUGCAAUCUGCUUGGGAUUUUUUUCACAUUCUAGUUCUCAAGUUCUCAGUAGGUGUGACUGUGAGCAUGUGGUAUGUUUCUUCUAUCGUCUUCAAACUACUAGAUGAGGUUGGAUUAAAGCGUAUCAAAUCA